AUGACGAUGACACUGACACAAAUCUUCACCGUCAACGAUGACGACGACGCAAUGACGCCGAUCAUUACCGACGACGACGACAACGCCGAUAUUCAUAGUCAACGCAAUUUUGUUUUUCUUGCAAAUUUUAAUUUUAAUAGUGAAAUUGCAUAUAUUGUUAAUGAUAGUGAUAAUGAUAUAGAUGAUAAUGAAGAUGAGGUUUUCCUCCCAUUUCUCUCUAAAAACACACUCCCUCUUCAGCUCCUCACUAUCCACUGUGCAGACCACUCCGUCAAGCCCCUCGACGAGUGGCAACUCAAGCCCUCCCUCACCGACUUCCUCAAAUCCUUAUUCUCCCUCGCCGUUCCCGAAGACGACAUCGUCGUUCGCAGAUUCAAGGACCUCAAGAAGCGCAAGCGCGAUGAUCCUGUUGCUCACGGCGCUCUCUUUAUCCGUGACCUAGGGUUUCUAUCCAAGUUUUCCAGAUCGGAAAUUCUUCAUGGUAUAGAUGGAGAAGACGAUGUUAAGGAACUCGAGAAGAAGUUUCUGGACUGGGGAAGAUCGGUUGUUGGUAAGACCGACGGGAUUGAGUUGAAUCUUGAAGGUGUUAAGUUUAGAUUGAUUGCUUCAGUUCCAGAAUCAGAUGAUUUUGGAAUGACGAAAGAGUGGGAAGAGCUUAAUGCGUUUGGUAAUCGAGGUUUGUGGGAGCCUGAUACAAUUGUGUUUAAAGGUGUUCCACGACGCUGGUUUGCUGAGCCAAGAGUUUCGUCUAAGUCUUCAAUGCUGGUCACUCACACGAUUUUUUCUACAUUUGGGAAGAUAAGUAUGAUACAUGUCAUUCAUGUACGCCCAAUUGCUGGGAUGGUUGGUGUGGAGAGGCAGGGUAAAAACCACAGAUUACCUGCAAAGGCUCUUAGUAGCAGCAUGAACAAUAUUUGUCCCUUCUAUAAGGCAAAGUUGAAUCCUUAA